AUUCAUGUACUCCUGUCCUCCCAAAACUGUCAUCUCUCUCUCUCUCUCUCUCGACCCCAUUCACGAAAACGCAGACAAAUUAACGAGAACUGUUUGCUAAUUUGCCACUGGUGAAAAGACCAGAACAAAAUGGGUGCACUCGACUUUCUCUCAGACUAUAUCACUAUUUCCACCCCAAGGAAGAAACGCAAAGCAAUGCAGACAGUCGAUAUCAAGGUGAAAAUGGACUGUGAUGGCUGUGAAAGGAGAGUUAAAAAUGCUGUUUCCAACCUCAGAGGGGUGAAACAAGUGGAUGUAAACCGGAAGCAAAGCCGGGUAACUGUAACUGGGUAUGUGGAGCCAAACAAGGUCUUGAAUAGGGUGAAGAGCACUGGGAAGAGAGCUGAGUUUUGGCCAUAUGUGCCAUACAACUUGGUGGCUUACCCUUACGUGCCUCAGGCCUACGACAAGAAGGCACCGUCUGGUUACGUGAAAAAUGUUUUCCAAGCCCUUCCCAGCCCAAAUGCACCGGACGAGAAAUUCACAACCCUCUUCAGUGAUGAAAAUGCACAUGCAUGUUCAAUCAUGUAAGCAGAUUUAGUAUUGGAACGAGGGUCGAGGAUGGAUUUAACACUUGUAGAUCUUGUAUGUUUCUAUACAUGAAACGCGUAAAAAACAAAAAAAAAAAAAAAAAAACCAUUUACUUGUUGUUUUGAGGUAGGUGUUAAAGUUUGUGGAGAUGGGAAGUUUUGCUAGAGCUUUGGAUUUUCUUUGAGAAGUUGUACCACUAGUACUAGAACUGUUUACCAAAUGAUAAAAUACAUGUUUUUCUGUACACAAAAUUUA